AUGAUUUUAACAUUCUUGUAUGCAAUAGCAACUUCAGUACAAGCUAGAAGGAUUUUGUUUCUAAAGACACAUUUGCGUUGUUUAUUUCAAGGAAAUGCGACUACUUAUCCAUCAGUCAUGUUUUAUCAUAACACACUGUUAGAUUCAUAUAAAGAAUCAAAAUACCCCACGGAUGAUUAUGAAAACGAAGAGUUUAUGACUUCUUGUCUGUGUAAAAAUAAAGGUGAUGCUAGAUUAAAGGAAUUGUUAUGGUAUCAUGGUGAUAUGAGGUUAUGCACUAUAUAUCCUCAACAACAAGUUGAUAUUUCAAGUUGGUUAACGUAUCAGUAUGGCAGAACAUUUUUCCCUUUACAUACAACUAACUCGUGUGGGAAUUCAUUUCAACCAGAGUACAAAAUUUAUAUUCUUGUUGAAGCCGAUCUUGAAAGUUAUAAACCUACCGCAACCACAAAAGCAACAAAGGUGGAAGAUUAUGGAUUAAUUAUUUCAUGGACAGCAAAUAAAAAUAUCGAUUUAAUUAUAGAAACAGAUUUAGAUACUGUUGUAAAAUUUUUUAUCGCAUCUAUGGAAGGACAGUGUUAUAUUAAUAAUGGUUUAUUGCUGAAGCGUAUACAAACUGUCUUGAUAACAGGGAAGCCUUGUUUUUAUAACAACGAUUUACUAAAUACACCGCCAGCUAAAAAAUUUAUAGAUGAAGCAGACUGGAAAGCGCACACAGAAAAAUUAAGAAUAUUAAGUGACACUGCCAGAAUAGCAUCGGAGCAAUGUAAAUGUCUUGAAGUUGCGGAAUAUCCGAGUGUAGUAAUAUAUCCAGACAAUAUUAUGACAGAAACAGAAACGGAACGUUUACAAAGGGCGGCAUCAAACGAAACAUUAGAAAGUGGAGGUAGAAGUCAUGUUUCUACACAAGAUUCUGUAAACAUUCCACAACAUGAAAUUGAUCUUUUGUUAGAUGUAACAGACGUCGUCAAUGACGAUACCAUUCAAUAUCACGAAGUAUCACGUUCUGCUAGUAAAUCACUCGACAUGCUUGACACCUUAGAAGGGUCUGACACUAAAAAAUCCAGACCAGUAUCUUGUACUGAUAUCAUAAGUACGAGUAAACAUAUUGAGCAGACAACUUUUUUCAGUAUAAAGGAUGCUCCAAAUGUACCAACUAAAAGUAAUUUCAAAAAUUCCAUGGCGGAAGUAACAGAAAAAUUGUCAACUAACAACGAUAAACCACCAAAUGUGUUGAUACUUUCCGACAGUAUCAUAGCACUUAAUAACGUAAAGGGUGUAUUAGAAGAAUCUCUUGGCACAGACAAAUACACUAUUUAUACGUUAUCGUUCGAAGACGCACGUCAUGACGCGUGGAUAGAAAAUGCGGCUUUAGUUGUUGUUUGUGGGAAUGUUGGUACUGAAAUUGGGAGUCAAAUUGUUGAAUAUAUCCUUCAUGGUGGUAAACUUCUUGCUUUGUGCUCAGAUGUACUUCACAUUUUGCUUCCAUCAUUUAAAACUGCGGAAGUACGUGAAAAUGAGCUUGUUCAUUUUUCGUAUGGCAAAUGGAAACACGUACGGAUGAUGCACCAUAUUUUCUGCUAUCAAGCAUCUCCUAUUCGAACAAGAUUUUCUCAAGACCAUGAGGAUGUCAAAGUGUCAAGCCUGUCUCCGCCUCCUUCAGCGAAUGUAAAAGAUAAGAGAGGAAAUUCACAUUUAUUCGAUGUGAAAGUACUUGGAACGGAAGAAACAUGGCAUACUCCAAGCAUUUUACUUGCGAGCCUUACCGGAAAUGCCGGUAAAAUAAUAUUUUCUCAAAUACAUCUGGAAGUGGAUCCAAUGCAAUAUGAACUCGAAGAAGGCAAAUUUAAAGCUCUGAAAGAAAGCAAUACUGCCAGGCUAGAAAUAUUUAACGAUCUCUUAAAUGUGCAUCUUGGAAUAGAACUUCGUAAAACUCCGCAAGUACCUGUAACUUAUACGCCAGCUUACUUCUUGGGUCGGCAUGAGUUAAAGUUAGAAAUGUUAGAAAGAUUAAAAGACAAAAUGGAAUCAAAUGAUACUUUAAAAUCAGUAAAAUUGAAAAUACAAUUUUGCCGAAGUAGUACAUCUGGACCAUCAGCUUCAGCCUCAUUUCUCCCAAUUAUGGUGCACCAGUGUCCUGAUAAUUUUUCGACGAUCGAAUAUUUCGAGAAUUUAACCACGAAAGAAUUAGGUCGAUUAGUUAUAUAUGCGGACGUCAUGACAUCAUCAAUGGACGUUACGGAUGGUCAUGAUUUACAACAUGGCUUAGCUGUUAUUUGUCGUCAACAAACUCAAGGGCGUGGGAGAUCUAAGAACACGUGGCUCAGUCCUAAAGGAUGUGCAAUGUUUACUUUGCAAGUGCAUGUUCCAACUAAUACAAUACUUGGACAACGUAUCUCAAUCAUUCAACAUUUGGUGUCUGUUGCGAUUCUAUCUGCAAUUAAAUCUCUACCUGGAUACGAGGAAAUUGAUCUCAGACUAAAAUGGCCUAAUGAUAUAUAUGUUGGAAAUCAUGUUAAAAUUGGCGGUUUGAUUGUAACCACACAAUUAACAUUCAAUUUAAACGUCUGUAAUAUUGGUGUCGGAGUAAAUUUAUACAACAAGGAACCUACUUGUUGCAUUAACGAUAUAAUUAAAAUGUUUAAUAAAACUUAUAAUAAACAGUUGAAAACAAUCUCGUACGAACAAUAUUUUGCCAUUGUAUUUAAUGAAAUUGAAAGGUGGAUGAAUAUCGUACAAAGUGGAAAUGCAGAUGAAUUUCUUGAUGCUUAUUACACGUAUUGGAUACAUACUGAUCAGGAGGUGAAAAUAGUAUCACGGUCGGAUGCGUCACAAAAUGUUAAAAUAUUAGGUAUUGAUGAAUACGGAUAUUUACGCGUCCGCGGGGAUGACGGAAAUAUAUUUACUGUUCACCCGGAUGGCAAUAGUUUUGAUUGCCUUAAAGGUCUCAUUGUUCCCAAAUAA